CAAAAAUGGACGCAGACGAAUUCCUUGAAGGAACAGUUCAGGCAGCACAAGAUACUCCCGAAGAAAGUUCUAAGAUUGAAUCAACGGUUAUUGAUUAUAUUGUGGAAAUCAAAAAUUUUGAGAAUAAUAAAUGUCCAAAGAAAGGAGACGCUCUCGCAAUGGGCUUUCUUUCUGACACAAAGAUCAAAAUUUACCUCAUGCUGUUUAGCUGUGAUAUCGGUACAAGAGAUAGAAAGGGUAGGAUUGGGAGCCAGAAUGGACCAAAACAUUUCAUUGAAUACCUACAAAAUUCAGAUGAAAAGAUGACAUUCGAUAAGGAAAAACUUUCCUUAUACUACAUCGGGAAUCUGACUGAGAAAUAUUUAUACAGGACCAGAUUCCAGAAGAUGAUCACCAAUGUGUUAGACAUUAACAACCAGAUCUAUUUCGGAGUUGGAGGGUCUGAUGACUUCUUGUACUACUACAUUAACUCCCUUUACGAAAGGAUCUUCAAGGAGAAGUUAUUGGAAGAAGAAAAGCAAAGUAUCAAAAAGAUAGACGAGAAUAUUGCAAUUGUUCAUUUUGACUCUAAGAUAGACCUCUUUGGAACUCUUGAUGAGAUCACCAGCCUCAACUACUUCAAGAAAAUAUAUCAAAGGCUUAAAGAGUCCAAGUUCAAGUGCAAGGUAAUAUUUAUGGGAGUCCAGAGCCUGUUCGUGCCCAGUCAGAUUAUGGAUGAAAUCGAGGAGCUUGACCAAGAAAUCCCAACUCAAGUUGUGUGGAUGAGAAAAGACAUCAGAAGUAGAGACUCUACAGACGAGCAUACCCAAGCUGGUCAUGCUUUCAAAGAUGCUUUAAAGGACCUAAAAGAGGAUGGAUUUACUAAUAUUGAAGUUUCUUUAGAUAUUUCAGUUAUUAAAUCCAGAGAAGCUCCUGGAAGAAGUGAUAUCUGAACAGCAGACGGUUUAACAGCUGAAGAAGCAGUAGAUAUCUCAAACAUAGCUGCUGGGGAGCACGAUGUCAGAAGCUUCAUAGUCACAGAAUACAACCCUGGCGUUGAGUCUAAAAAGACAGGCAAAGUCUUAAUGGAUAUGACCCAUGGGUUCAUCAAAUCAGCAUCAGAGAAUAGAGCUUAAAUCAA